AUGGGGAUCGUUACAGAGGAGAUGGUGCUGGAAAAGGAGCGGCAGAACGCUGCCAGGCGCGAGGCUCUGAACAAGCGCAGCCAAAAGUUGUCUCAUGUGACUGAGCCCGAUCCCAACUUUCCACCGGAGUGCUGUUGUGUGAAGCCAAUUAUCUACCACAACAUCCGUGAGCAGGUCCCUGUGCCGCAGCAGCGCUUUAUGUACAUCCUAGCGGGUCUCUACAUCACUUUAAUGGUCCUCAUCGUCUACAACAUUGUCGCUGCCUUGGUGGCCUUCAUUCUCGGCGGAAACGUCACGCACUUUGGUCUCUCUUUCCUGUUUCUGCUGGGAAUCCCUGGCGCGUGGAUUGUGUGGUACUACAACGUGUACUGCGCCAUCGUGUACUCGUCGAGACCGCGGCAGAAGCUUGCUCUGCUGGGCCUUUUCCUAGGCGUCGCGUUCGAUGUGUGGAUGGCGGUCGGCGUCACUGGCUUCGGUGGCUGCGGCUGGCUCUACGCCUUCAGCUUGAUGCGCACUGUGACUUCGUUUGUGAUGAUUCUCAUUAGUGCAAUUUUGUGGUCUCUGCACGGGUUUGCGCUGUGCGUGGUGAUGUUGCGUUACUGGCGCGUGUCGGGAACGCUCUUGCGGCACAGAGAGAACAUCUACGGCCAGAGCAUCGUUUAG